AUGGCUGCAACUGGCAUGGGCUGUUGCCACGUCUGCGGCAAGGAGGCCAGUCAGCGCUGCAGCAAGUGUGGUGAGGGCGUCGAUCGAAACGGCAACCCGUCCGCCACUUUCUACUGCAGCAGAGACUGCCAGACCACCGACUGGGAAAACCACAAGACGACCACUUGCCGCUUCGCCAACGCCCGGAAGCAGCUUUACCGCGGGAGCAGCAUGGUCCAAAUGGCCUUCUACAACUUUCGUACCACCACCUUCAACUUCAACAUCCAGAAGACCUCAAUCGGCAACGACGGCAAGAUAAGCGUGACUAUCAAGACCAUCACUACAUCCGGUCAGCCAAUCCAUCGGCUUCCAGAGCAGCUCAAGAGCGACAAACAUAAGAAAGCACUGCUCGCAUGGCGUGCUUCGAAUACCGCACUUGCGUUCCAGCAUGAUCUGUUGAAGCGGGUGCUUAAAGGUAUCGUCGACCCUCAGACCCCACCUACAGAAUCUGCAUUCUUGGUCAAAGACUUUCGCGAGCGAGUUGCCGUGAUUCCACACUUCGCGAAUGGCAGGCAGGAUGAACGCCAACACGAACAUGUGGCCCUUCGUGUUAAGCUCAUUGACGGCGAGGAGUACGUCAUCGACCUUGCCGGCGCACAGUUCGGCCAGUACGCCGCGGUCCUUCCAGCCAAAGAGUACGACGGACAGUUAGUCCGCGAACAGCUUGCCACUAAGCCAAUGGGUAGCUGGAAGCGAUUCUGGUCCAACUUCGGGCAGGCCGGCGGCCACGAUCUGGUGCCCGAAGAAUUCGAAUUCCGUGGCCCGACUAUCGCGUUCCACUCGUCAGCUUUCGCAGAGUUGGCCUUGCGGCAAUGGGAUCGCCGCGCAGUCCGUACUGUUGCUGCGGGCGUAAAGGAGAAGAAAGCCGUCUUUAUAGUGGGGAGGAAGUGUGUUCUCUCUGUCGUCUCGGAGUACACCAGUCUCUGGGUGCACCUGAUAUCCUCUCAGGACGGUCCAAUAUCACGAUUCGCUGCGUUCAUACAGGUGCAGCCGCACGCAAACAACGACUGGGUCGCCUGGGCACCGAUCAAGACGUCAGACAUCCACGACGUUGACGAAUUGCCAGAAGCUGAAGGCCCGUGGUCGCCCCAGGGACUCCAGCCAACGGCCAUGGCAAAGUGCGAGCAGCAGAUGCAGGUGCUGAGGUCUUUCAUUGAUCGUGAUUGA